CUGUGACGUAAAUAAUAUCAUUUUUCCGUCAAACUUAUUUCUUAACAUGAAAUUGUACUGCAAUGCUAAAUCUGUCAAGAAAUUUGAAAUUAUCAAUAGCCUUAAUUGGAACCGGGUGUGUAAUUCAUUUCAUUGGAUUUGUGUCACCUUACUGGAAUAUAAUACCCGAUACCAAAGCACUUGAAAGUACGGAGAGCGCCGUUAGACUUGGUCUGUGGAAAGUAUGUAUUCGACGAGGAAAGAAAAUUAACUGUGUACAAUACGAACACAGUCUUAGCCAGUCGAAGGCAGCUAAAGGCUUGGAAACAUUAUCUGUGAUAUUUUAUUUGUUAUCCCUAUUGUCAUUUUGGCUUUACCUACGUCAUCCUGUUUAUGGAGCAGACAUACUCUUAGUAUGCAUGAUCUUUAUCAUAUUGAUAGUUGAAACAACAGCAGUUGGAGCUCUUUGUUGGGUAACUAUGUAUGAUAUUCAGAAGAGAUAUGUAUUAUCAUGGGCAUUCGGAUUAACGGUUGGUUCCGUUAUAUUUCCCGUGAUUGCUGGCUGGUUUGUUUCACAAGAAAGAAGUUCUUUUAUUCAACAACAUAGACGUUCCAGUUUAGAACAACCAGAAAAGAAAGAAAUUUUACUUCAUUAAAAUAUGUGAUAAAAA